ACAGCAGCGUUAAAAGCAAAAUAAAUCGUUGGUUAUUACCUGCAGCUUAAAAUAUUAAUUUUUAUUUAAGUUUCAACAGAUUAAGGAAUCAAUAUGCCUAAAAUAAAAACAGAGAAAAAAUCCCGCAUACACCAAGAGGUGCAAAAGCAAGGCAUUGUAUUCAACAAGGAUUUUGGCCAGCAUAUACUCAAAAAUCCACUUGUCAUACAAAGCAUGUUGGAGAAAGCUGCACUUCGCAACACGGACACCGUGUUGGAAAUCGGUCCCGGUACCGGUAAUAUGACAGUGCGUAUGCUAGAGCGUGCCAAGAAAGUAAUCGCCUGUGAAAUUGAUACACGACUCGCUGCUGAGUUGCAAAAGCGUGUACAAGCAACAGCGCUACAGCCAAAAUUACAAGUACUAAUCGGUGACUUUCUCAAAGCCGAACUACCAUUCUUCGAUUUAUGCAUUGCCAACGUACCAUAUCAAAUUAGUUCGCCGCUAAUUUUCAAAUUACUGCUACACCGGCCACUCUUUCGUUGCGCUGUGCUAAUGUUUCAGCGUGAAUUCGCACAACGGCUAGUUGCCAAGCCAGGUGACAAGCUCUAUUGUCGUCUAAGUAUCAAUACACAGUUGCUAGCGCGUGUCGAUAUGCUAAUGAAGGUUGGUAGGAAUAAUUUUAAACCACCGCCGAAAGUAGAAUCAAGCGUUGUGCGACUAGAGCCAAAGAACCCGCCACCGCCAGUUAAUUUUACCGAAUGGGAUGGUCUAACCCGCAUUGCAUUUCUGCGUAAAAACAAAACAUUAGGUGCAGCUUUUAAAAUAAAUUCGGUAAUCGAGAUGCUGGAGAAAAACUACAAGUUACACCUAUCGCUGCACAAUAAGCCACUCGAAGCUGAUUUUAGUAUGCAGGCCAAAGUAAUGGACAUCUUAAAAAAAUUAGAAAUGGAAAAUGCGCGUGCACGCUCUAUGGAUUUAGAUGAUUUUAUGAAAUUGCUGUUGGCAUUCAAUUACAAAGGUAUACACUUUAAUUAGCACACUAUGUAUAGAAAUUGUGAAUAACUAAACUUAGUAUAAGAACCCUAAAUAAAAAACGAAAGGCGUCACAAUUAGCCAAAUUUAAUUGCUAAUUAAAUGAUGUGCCGUUUAUACAUACAUAUAACCAAAUCAACA